AUGGACGGGACUUUCUCCGAGUCUGAGGACGCUUUGUCAAUCAUCAAUCACCCAGCUGUGACGCUCCCCGGCCCAAGCUUACUUCAUCUUCUUGUGCAAAGGGAAGGCCAGAGCAAUGCGCCUGCCAUCGACUUCCUCGCAGCCGAUGGUACUCGAAAGUCCUUGUCAUAUAGCGAGUUGCACCAUGCCUCAGACUCUCUGGCGGAAAGGAUUUCAUGCUUGGCUGAGGGCCGGGUAGGCUCUGCUCGACACAUCGUCCCAGUACUCAUGCCACAGAGCCCCGAACUCUACGUUGCGCUUUUGGCCGUCUUGAAAUCGGGUGGGGCCUUCUGCCCACUCAACCUCGACGUUCCCCUUGAGCGUGCGAAAUUCAUCCUGGAUGAUGUCUCGGCGACCAUUAUCGUCACCACAACUGAGCUGGCUGCAAGAAUUCCCAGCGGUGAUGGCAGUAGGACUUUGUUGAUUCUAGAUGAUGCGAGAUCAAUGCCUGAACCGCAGCCUGUACGAAUCUCCAGGCAGCCGGAGCCAGAGGAUUUGGCCUAUGUCAUGUAUACAUCUGGUUCAACUGGGACUCCUAAGGGGGUCGGGAUUUCCCACAGGGCAGCUACUCAGAGUCUUCACGCCCAUCACCGCCACAUUCCUCCCUUCUUGAGAUUUCUUCAGUUCGCUGCCCCGACAUUUGAUGUCUCCGUCUUUGAAAUAUUUUUCCCACUCUACCGAGGGAACACUCUCGUGUGCUGUGCACGAUCUUCAAUGCUGAACGACUUGCCCGCCGUCAUCAGAGACAUGAGGGUGGACGCAUGUGAAUUGACGCCAACGGUGGCUGGCAGCCUGCUUCGCAAACGAGAUAAUGCGCCCAACCUUCGCCUGCUGCUCACGAUAGGCGAGAUGCUCACAGAGCCUGUCGUGAAAGAGUUUGGUGGGAGUGAAGAGCGUGCCAGCAUACUGUGGGCUAUGUACGGGCCUACAGAGGCUGCCAUACACUGCACACUUCAGCCUGCAUUUGCCUGCGAUUCUUCAAUUAACAACAUUGGUAUUCCCUUGGACUCUGUGUCAUCAUUCAUUCUCGAAAUUCUGGAGGACAGCAACAGCUCCGAGUUCCAGUUCCGUGUGCUUCCUCUUGGUGAAAUUGGAGAGUUGGCCGUCGGGGGGCACCAACUGGCUGACGGGUACCUCAAUCGACCUGAGCAAACAGCAGGUGCCUUCAUAGACACAACUUAUGGACGCCUCUACAGAACCGGCGAUAAAGCGAGAAUCAGCCGGGACGGCUCUUUAGAGUGUUUCGGGAGAAUAACCGACGGGCAGGUAAAGCUUCGGGGCCAACGAAUCGAGCUUGGCGAAGUUGAGCACGCUGCACUGAGGGCCCCUGGCUGCCACAGCGCAUUUGCUGCUGUUAUCAGCUCAAUACUGGUUCUCUUUUGCGCUCUGGAUGGAGACGAUGGAGCUUUGCUCACGAUUCAGCAAUCAUGCAAGGCUUGGCUCCCCGGCUUUAUGGUCCCCGGGGAUAUCGUUCUUUCGAGCGAGUUUCCGCGUCUUGCGUCUGGCAAGAUUGACCGCAAAAAACUUGUUUCGGAUUACUCCGACAUACGAGAGACCAAGAAGCCAAGCACAAUCUGUUUCAAGGACGAGCUCGAGCAGCGUAUUUGCAGUCUUGCCGCCGAGGUGUUGGAGACUGAUCUGGACCCGAACCAGAGUCUGUCAAGCGCAGGCAUGGAUUCGAUUGUUUCCAUCAAGUUUGCAUCUGUGCUUCGUACAGCCGGCUUCGAAGUGGGCGCCAUUGAUAUCAUGAGUUCCAGGACAUUAUCGGCAUUGCAUUCUCGCAUUCUGGGCAUACAGAAACUCAUCGGAACGGCUGCAAUAGGGCUGUCGUCAUGGCACAAUACGACAGUCAGCUUCUCGGACAUUCUCGCCGAAAAGCCGGAACUUCAAACGCACUUCGAUUUGGACGACGUUGUAUCCGUUUUUUCCUGCUCACCACUUCAGGCGGCGAUGUUGGGACAAACUGCGGCCGAUUCUCGCGCCUACUGCAAUUGGAUCGAACUCAACUUUCCCGAUACCCACUCAGAAGAAUCUAUCCGAUCCUGGGUGUUUGGGCUUGCACAAAGGAAUGAGAUCCUGCGGACAGGUUUUGUGUUCUAUCACGGACGAUUUCUUCAAGUCGUUUCCAGGGAACUUAAACAAUCGCAGGUUUCGGUAGUACACGGCCCACUACCCAGGGAGUUUGAGAUGCAGAAAGAAGAUGACUUCCUUCAACCAUUUAGAGUUCAAAUUUCGAAAUGCCCCAACGCGGCCGGCAGGUCAACCGUGCUUCAACUCCACCACGCAGUCUAUGACGGCUGGUCCAUGGACAUGAUGCUCUCCGAUUUCGAGACUCUAUCACGAGGGGAACAACCCAAACCACGUUUCCAGUUCCAGCAAGUUCUAGCGUACCACGAGUCAGAGCUGUUCCAAAAACAUUGCAACGAGGCUAGGGAAUUUUGGGCUGAAAACCUUUUAGGUUUCCAGCCGGCUACGUUGCCAAAUCUUCGGCCGGAUACCGCACUGACUUCUGCCGUUCGCUCAGCCGCGAUCUGCCUGGACAUCAGCCCCGAUUCUUUGAAGACGCGUCUGAGACAGAUUGGUUGCAGCCCGCAGACGGUGUUUCAGGCUGCACUAACCUGGAUCUGGAGCCUGAUGAUCGGUAGCGAAGACGUCGUCCUGGGCUCUGUCACCUCCGGCAGGACAAUGCCAAUCUCGGGACUAGAAGAUAUCAUCGGCCCGUGCAUCGCCACAGUACCUUUGCGAACCAACGUCUCUCAAAUACGAACAAUCAAGGAUUUGCUGUGCAGCAUUCAGGCCGCCAAUAGAUCGGCUCUCUUUCAUGCCAUGCUGCCACUUUCCGAGGUCAGAAAAGCGGCUGGAAUUCGGUCCUGGCAGCCAUUAUUUGACGCCAUGUUUGUUUAUCAGGAAUCACUUCACAGCAAAAGUCGGGAUGUGAGCACGAUCCGAGAAGUCAACCACCAGGAUUAUCUAGAGACGAAGCUAUUGGUUGAAGUCGAACCUGGUCGAGAUUUGUUCCUCUGUCGCCUCACAUUUCACGCUGACACAUUCCCUGACGACCAAAUGGCCCUUUUAAACCAGUCAAUUCGCGCCCUCGUACCAUAUAUGCUGGAAAACUUGGGCUCUGAAUUGUCCGUGCUCCAAAGAGCACUUCCAGAGAAACUGCUCUCAAUUUACAACCCAAACCCCACAACGUAUUCCGGCAUACCGGACCUUGCGAAGGGCGUUGAAAACAUUGCCGCAAGCUUCCCUACCAAAGAUGCAUUGUGCUUCGCGGAUUUGCUCUCCAAUGGGGCCUCCAAGACAAGAACCAUAUCGUUCCACGAGCUAAACACAACUGCGAACAAGAUCGCCUGGCAUCUACAGCAGUGUGGACUCCGGGAAGGAGAUGUUGUUGCAGUCAUUCUGGAGAAGUCGAUCUUGCUUUAUGCCGGGAUUCUUGCGACCCUGAAAGUUGGCUGCGCGUACCUGCCCCUUUUACCAACCACGCCAAUUGCUCGUGUCGACGAGAUUGUUCGGCAUGCUGGGGUUCGGCUUUGUCUCGUCGAUACAGCUGCAAUGCAAAAGCUCCAGGAGAAGGUACCCUGUAAUAUUUUGGAUCUCCAAUCAGUGGGGAUGGAAGAAUACCGCAGAGAUGAAAACCUCAACGUUUCAGCAGAGCCAUCACGGCCAGCUUACAUCAUUUAUACCUCUGGAAGCACAGGGGUGCCAAAGGGAGUAUGCAUCACGCAGCUCAACAUUAUGAGCAACCUCGAUGUCCUGUCAAAAAUCUAUCCAGUGAAAGCUAAUUCGAGACUGCUUCAGUCGUGCUCGCAAGCCUUUGACGUUUCCGUUUUUGAGAUAUUCUUUGCUUGGACGCAGGGGAUGUGUCUUUGCUCAGCAACCAAUGACACGCUCUUCGAAGACCUUGGAACAUCAAUCUCGGAGCUAAAUAUCACACAUCUCAGCAUGACACCGACGGUGGCAUCUCUUGUGGAUCCAGCAGAUGUUCCUGGGGUCGAAUUUCUGGUCACUGCGGGCGAGGCCAUGACCGAGGCUGUUGCACGCAAGUGGGCCAAACAUCUUUAUCAGGGCUACGGUCCUUCGGAAACAACAAAUAUUUGCAGCGCGAAGAAGAUGGGCCCUUCCCAGAACAUUCGGCAUCUUGGUUGGAGUUUUGGUAACACGUCAACCUUCGUGCUCUUUAGAGACAGCAUAAAUGUGGUUCCAUUUGGCUGUCUUGGCGAGUUUUGUUUCGGCGGAGACCAGAUUGCGCAAGGGUACGUCAAUAUGUCCGACUUGACAGCAGCAAAGUUCAUCAACCAUCCGACGUUCGGUCGUCUGUACAGGUCUGGCGAUAUUGGGAGGAUGUUGCCGGACGGGUCGAUGGUUAUCGUUGGUCGGGUCGACGACCAGAUCAAACUUCGAGGCCAGCGAAUCGAACUUGGCGAAAUAAACACAGCGUUCAAAGAGUCAGAUGCAGUUGCGGACAGCACCACACUAUUUCUGCGCCAAGCGGGCUUAGAGUCUGCCGGGCAGAUUGUCACAUUUUAUGUCCCCAAGUCCAGGCAAGGAGCGCAGUUCCGGCUCUUGGACUCGGAUGACCAGCUCGCGAAAGAAAUCCAGUCCCUUUUUCAGCUUCUCGUUUCAAGGCUCCCGGCAUAUAUGAUACCAUCGUACAUCAUCCCGAUUUCAGCUUUCCCCAUCACAGCUUCAGGAAAGCUCAAUAACACGCAACUCAAACAAGCUGUCAAUGAGACUGAGCGGGAGUACCUUGCGUUCGCAAGUGCCGCAGUUAGCUACGAUGAAGGCGAGACGCAACCAUCGAUCAUUGAGGCACAAAUUAUCGAAAUCAUCUCGGCUUUGUUUGGCGUCAACAAGAGCACUAUUCAAAGAUGGACACCACUCACUACUGUUGGUCUCGACUCAAUUUCUGCGAUUGAGGUGGCGAGGCAGGUCCGAAAGACACUUGACAAGCGACUCCCUAUAUCCGCCAUACUCCAAAACCCAAGCGUCGCCAGGCUUGCACAAGCGCUGUCAAAGACCGCCGUCUCGAAUGGUCCCCAAGCCACGAUCCCGGACUCUGUAACCAACGAGCAGGCCAGGGCCAUCACUUCGAGGUUCAGGGACUGUGGGAAAAAGGUCGAGCAAAUCCUGCCUUGCACGCCGCUACAAGAAGCUACACUAGCAUCUUCAUCCAGCCAAAGGGCAUAUUCUAAUCGGAUGCUAUUCCGCGUCAACGAAGACGUGGAAAAGCUGAAGGAGGCGUGGGUGCGUGCUUGUUCCAGACACGGAAUCCUUCGCACCUGCUUCGUAACGACAGAUGACAUCCAACGCCCUUUCAUGCAAGUUGUGCUGGAUUUCUGGCAGCCACCAUGGCAUCAUUUGGAGUGUGCGGGCAAUACAGUCAAGGAGCUCAUUUCAAAGCAUGGCGAUACCGUGUCUGACCCGUUAGAUUCCAUGGAGCCCGCAGUAUCAUUUGCCACCGUUGCGGAUGGUGAGGUUAUGUAUCUUUCAUUUAUCUGCCAUCACGCCAUGUAUGACGGCGUUGCCAUCGAGCGCCUGCUUUAUGAGGUCGAGCUGCUUUUGUCAAAUUUCUCACUUCCGCCAGCCCCGUCGUACGAGCCAUUCUUGCGGGAAUCGCUGUUCUUACCACCUUCAACGGACAGCUUCUGGACCGAUCAUCUUACCGACUUCGAUCCGAAACUCAUUGCCCAACUCAGUGAAGAGAAUGUUAAUCCAUCCUCGAUCGCAGCCACAUACACGGCACAUAUUUCGCUGUCACAGGUCAAUGAAACUGCCAAGCAGCUGAGCGUGUCUCUCUUAUCUGUCGUGCAGUCAGCCUGGGCCAUCGUUCUUGGCUGCUUGCUUGAGACUAAUGAUGUUUGUUUCGGGAACGUUGUUAGCGGCCGGUCUGUAUCUAUUGACAACAUCCAAGAACUUGUAGCACCGUGCUUCAACACAAUCCCCAUUCGGAUGGUGCUCUCCAACAGCCUACGAAAUUUUGACCUCAUGAAGGCCUUUCAAAAUCUCAACCCAACUCUGUUGCAAUAUCAAUUUACUCCUCUCAGACGUAUUCAGUCUCUUAAUCCUCUCAGGCAAAGUCGUCGUUUGUUUGAUACCCUUUUGCUUUUGCAGCAACCUUCUCGGCCUCUUGACGAAUCAAUUUGGACUUUGGAGCGAGAUGAAGGAUCAAUGGAUAUUCCCCUUGUUUGCGAAGUCUUACCAGAUCCUCGACUAGACAUUUUCACUGUCAAGAUCCAUGCAGAAUCACAUCGGUUUUCCAAGGAGAGCGUUGCGUUGAUUUGGGACCUGUUUUCCUACGCUUUACGAUCUUGUCUUGACUUUCCGGGCUCCUCUACUCUGGUAUUCGGGGCCAUUCCUCCGGCUUUGAGAGAAAAAUUGGCGACUCUGCACCUGAACUUUGUAGACACCAAGCCCCAAUCCCCACAGCCGGAUGCACCGGAAAGUGAGUGGACGGUUACAGAAGCUUCGGUUCGAUCGGUGCUCUCAGAUCUCUCCACGCAUGGUUUCCAGACAAUACAACGUCAGACGACUAUUUACCAGCUUGGAUUGGACAGCAUCAGCGCUGUUCAAGUGGCCUGGCUCCUCCGGAACCGGGGCCACAAAGUUUUGGCCACCGAUGUCCUCGCCAACCCGACUUGCGAGAGUCUGGCUCACUUUUUAGAAAGCCAGGUUGGAACCUUACCCCAUGAGACGAUAUCGGCAUACGAUAUUUCCAGAUUUACACGACGAGUUCAAAGUCAAGUCGAGGCCCACGUUCAGCUUGAAUCAAUCGAGGCAGUUUUGCCCUGCACGCCACUCCAAGAAGCCAUGAUGGCGCAAUUCACCAAAUCUGGAGGCCGGGAUUAUUUCAACCAUAUCGACUUCCGCGUCCUCGAUACUAUCAACGUCACUAGCCUUGCUGGGGCAUGGCGAGCCAUGAGCCUUGUGCACCCAAUUCUUCGCACCGGGUUCAUUCCGGUUGAGCAUGAAGAAUGCGCGUUUGCCAUGGUUCAGUAUCGCCCCGACUCUCUUUCCGAACCCGUGACAGUUGUUCCGCGGCAGCUGAGCAAAUCUUUUCAUGUCAAUAAGUGGCGUCUAGACGCGUCUCAUAGCGUGUAUCAGACGCCGCACAAGCAGCCAUGGCGUGUUGCAAUUGUUGACACCGAGGUCGCUGUCAUGAUGCACCUUGCAAUCCACCAUUCGCUCUAUGAUGCGCAUUCCCUUCAGCAAUUGCUCGGAGAUUUCGCCAGUCUGGUCAAGGGGGGCCAAACACCCAAGCCGAACAGUACGGACGUUGCUGUGAUGGAUGUUCUUGGUCAAGUUUCAGCCUCGAUUGAGAGCUCGGAGGCUUUCUGGAGGGGCCAGGCCGGCAACGUGGUUAUCAACUCGUUUCCGGUCAUGACUCCACUUUGUGUGACACCAGGCAACAUUCUGGUCGAGUCACUCUACAGCAGCAUCCCGUUCACGGUUAUUGACCAGGCCGUUGCAAAAGCUGGGUACAGUUUCCAGGUGGUUCUACAGGCUGCAUGGACUCGGGUUCUGUCCUCGUACCUCGGGGAAGCCUCGGUCGUGUUCGGGGUUGUCUUUUCAGGCCGGACCACAGAAGCAACUCGGGAUGCAGUAUUUCCCUGCAUCACAACACUGCCAGUCGUAUCGAAGAACACGCGCUCCAACCGCAAUCUUUUGGACCAGAUGCUGCAACACAACACCGGGCUUCACACGCAGCACCACAAACCGCUCGCCCGCAUACAACAGUGGCUCGGAUGCUCUGAUGCCAGGCUAUUUGACACUUUGCUAGUCUACCAAAAGCUUGACAUUGAUGGGGGAGACACCAGGCCCUGGAGUAUUGUGAACGAACAGGCAACAGUCGAUUACCCUGUCUCAAUUGAAGUUGAGCCCCAGAUUGGAGACAGACUGAAGUACCAAAUAACGGUAUCUGACGAUGUACUCCCGAAGGAACAAGCCCGCAUGCUACUGGAGCAAUUCGAUGCAACCGUCCGACAACUUUCCCUCAAGCCAGACGCGAGUGAGGAAGACUUGAUUGAUGUCUCUCCUUCCUUGUUCUCGAUUACUCCCGCCGAAAUACCAAAACUCCCGUCAGCGGUGAAGCUACUUCACCACUUUGUGGAGGCUCAAGCACUCGUGACCCCACACAAGACGGCCCUUCAUUUCGUGGACGGGUUCGAUGAGAGUGCACCAGUUGGCCGUGAAUGGACGUACGACGAGUUAAAUCUCAACGGGAACCGAGUCGCGCAGAUGCUUCGCCCCCAUGUCAAGGUUGGCGAUAUUGUGGCGAUUCACUUUGACAAAUGCCCUGAAGCCUUCUUCUCAAUUUUAGGCAUUCUCAAAAGCGGUUGUGCCUUUGUCGCUCUUGACCCGGGUGCACCGCCAGCUCGGAAAGAAUUCAUUGUCAAGGAUUCGGGUGCCUCAAUUCUCUUGAUGUCCAGUUUUGGGCUUGACGGGCUCGGAUUUUGUGGCUCGGUACCGGUAGUGAGCAUUAAUCACGACUCUUUAUCGGAACAAAGCUGCGACUCGCCUCUCACAAUCAGGGGCAUUGAGCCGAGCGACGUGUGCUAUUGCCUUUAUACAUCUGGGACAACCGGGACACCAAAGGGGUGUGAGAUUACGCACGACAAUGCAGUGCAGUGCAUGCUAGCGUUCCAGGAGAUUUUCAAAGGCCGCUGGGAUCAGGAUUCUAGAUGGCUACAGUUUGCAUCUUUGCAUUUCGAUGUUUCGGUCCUGGAGCAAUACUGGAGCUGGUCUGUGGGCAUCACCGUGGUUUCAGCCCCUCGCGAUCUGAUCUUGGAGGAUCUCGCGGGCACUAUCUCUCGACUCAAUAUUACGCACAUCGAUCUUACACCAAGCCUUGCGCGCCUCGUCCAUCCUGAUGACGUGCCAAGUCUUUGCAGGGGUGUCUUUAUCACGGGUGGUGAGUCGCUCAAGCAGGAGAUCCUUGAAUUUUGGGGCUCGAAAGCCAUCAUUUACAACUUCUAUGGUCCGACGGAGGCGACAAUCGGCGUUACUGUUUAUCCGAGGGUUCCAGAGAACGGCCGACCGUCAAAUAUUGGAAAGCAGUUCAUCAAUGUUGGCACUUAUGUUAUGAAGCCGGGCACCGAGCAGCCCGUGAUGAGGGGGGCAGUAGGCGAACUUUGCGUCUCCGGGAGACUGGUGGGCAAGGGCUAUCUCAAUCGUGACCAUCUGACAGCGGAGAGAUUCCCAACCCUGGAAAGGUUUGGCGAGCGUAUCUACCGCACCGGCGACCUUGUUCGUGUUCUCCACGACAACUGCUUUGACUUCCUUGGCAGGGUAGACGACCAGGUCAAACUGCGUGGCCAGCGCUUGGAAAUCGGCGAGAUCAACCACGUGAUAAGGUCUGGAGUGAAAGAAGCCAAGGACGUGGUCACGAUGGUCAUGCGAAAUGAGAAGCACCAGAAAGACCUGCUUGUGUCGUUCAUUGUCGCAGAAGGCAAGAAUAAGCAUCAAAGCUCCGUUUCACUCCAUGUCAUCCAGGGACCCAGCGCAUCAGAUCUCUGCCAGCGAACGCUAUACGCUUGCCGCUCUGCUCUCCCCGGAUACAUGGUUCCCACUUAUGUCCUCCAAGUGCCAUUCAUCCCCCUGUCUGCAAACAACAAAGCGGAGCUGAAGGAACUUCGGGUUUUGUUUAACGGCCUUGACCAAUCGCAGCUCGUGCUGCCGUCCUCAUCCGCUGGAGAGAUUCCCAAGAAACUAAGCGAGACUGGAGCAAAAGUUGCUAAGGCCCUUGCCUCUAUGCAGUCCAUUGAUAUCGGAAGAGUCAGUCCCACGUCUAGUAUCUUCGAGCUGGGAGUCGAUUCGAUCUCGGUCCUCCGCUUUUCCCGAUUGUUAAAGAAAGAGGGGCUUUCCGAAGCGCGGCCGUCUGUGAUUCUGAGACACCCCGUGGUUGGAGAUUUGGCUUACGCACUCGAUGUGCAAGAGACAACCCCAAGAACCCCUGCAUGGGUGGCGUCUGCGCAGCAGCUAAUCCAAGCUUGCGACCACAAACAUCGAAUGCAGAUUUGCGUUGAACUCGGUAUUAUGCCGAGUCAGAUCGAGUACAUGGCCCCUUGCUCCCCGCUUCAGCAGGGCAUGAUCUCUAGAUCCAUUACGAAGGGCGCGUAUUAUAACUCUUUCCAGUUUCAGCUUUCCCGAGACAUGUCAAUGCUGCGGCUCCGCGAGGCCUGGCAGAAGACUGUCGACGACUUUACUAUCAUGAGGACUAGUUUUGUGGGUACAGCAGACGGUUAUGUCCAGGUAGCGUUGAAGUAUAUUGCACUUCCAUGGGUUGAACUCGACAUAUCAUCGACUUUAGAGCGAUCACCGGGGGAUCUGCUUGAUCAAUGCCGAGAGUCGUGGAUUGAGCGGAACCGCGAGAGGCUAACACGGCCAUGGGAAAUACUCUCUUUUCGGCUCCAAGACACUGGCGAGAAUCUGCUUGUCUUGCAUAUGUUUCACGGUCUUUACGAUGCAAACAGCCUCAAACUCCUACUUGACCAUGUUGCCACCGAGUAUCGAGCACUCGAUGAUGUCCUGUCGGAGGGAACGCGGCGUAUUUCCAACAAGCCAUCGUUCUUGGAAGCUCUCUGCCACGGCCCGCUGCAAAACUUCAACAGCUGCCAGGACUUUUGGAUGGAACAUCUCGGGCCAGCAUCGUUGCGACCCAUCACAUUAUCACCCUCGGAUUCAAGUGCACGCCCUUCAAUCUGCGAACGCACUGUGCCGUUCGAAGGCCUAAAAGCUCUGCGUGUAGCCCUCGGCGUCUCUCACCAAUCACUUCUCCAAGCUGCGUGGGUCGGCGUCCUCGCCAGAAGACUGCGCACUAGUCCACCCAUUGGCAUAGUUACCUCGGGGCGUGCUAUAGAACUGGAUGGCGCUGAAAGAGUCAUGGGGCCGCUUUUCAACACACUGCCUUUCUACGCCCGAAUCAACCCCGAAACAAGAGCCAGGUCCACGUGGCUAUCUCUGAUCAAAGAGUGCCACGCCUUCAAUAUGGCCGUGCUGUGUUUUCAGCAUGUUCCCCUGCGCGAUAUUCAGAAAUGGUGCUCUAAUGGAAAGCCUCUGUUCGACACGCUCUUCUCCUUCCAGAUAGAAGACCAUACGGCAGCCUUGGACUGUGAGCUCUGGAAAGAAGUUCAAACUGAUUCCAAUGCUGAUUACUCGCUUGCAUUGGAGGCGACUUUGGUUUCUGGCGAGCAUCUGCGGCUACUUCUUGUUGCCCAAACUGGCACAGAUAUCUCGGAAAACCUUUCGUCAUUGAUGGAUGAGCUCGACUAUGUUUUGUCUGCCAUUGCUCAGAGCCCGGAGAGUGCCAUUUGGCCUGAGGAGUUUGAAGUCACCGCCGUGGAAACCGAAGACACCAUUCUGAAUAAACAGGCGUCCAACACUAACAAUUCCACAGACCUGGCCGAGGCUGCUCAAGACUUUAUCUGGAGUGAGGAAGCUACUAUUAUUCGCAAUGAGAUCGCUCUUCUUGCGGAGACAGCAGCCGAAUCAGUUACGGAGACUACAUCAGUCUUUGAACUAGGGUUGGACAGCAUUGACGUCAUCAGACUGUCGUCGAGAUUAAAACAACAUGGGGUGCACGUCAAACCAAGCCAGCUGAUGAAGGCUCAAACCAUUGUAGCAAUCUUGCAAGUGUUGCAAUACGGUGUCGGGGACGGCCAUUCAGCAGUCGGAGGCACGGGUUCCUACUACGACUUACUCGCAGUCUCAGAAUAUAUCUUUGGUCUUGGCCAUGAUCUCGGAAAUGUCGACGCUUUACUUCCCGCAACUCCUCUACAGGACUCAAUGGUUGCCGACAUGAUUCACUCCAACUUUCAGUUGUACUUCAACCACGACAUCCUGGAAAUUGGCCCACUCGUCGAUACGAGCAAGCUGAAGAGCGCGUGGGUUACAGUUAUCGAGGGAUCUCCCAUUCUCAGGACCACCUUCCUUGCAGUAAACAGCCCCGUCAUUGACUUCGCAUACUGCCAAGUCGUGAACAAGAGGCCAAUGUCGUAUAUAGCCGAAAUCGAGCUAGACAGUCUGAGCGACCUCACAAAACUCAUGGACUCAGCAACCCAGAGAGCGCGCAAGAGCGGAGCAGGGUCGGAUCUAUUGCAGGUUGUCUUGGCGAGUGUUUCUGGCAGAAAGUUCCUCGUUCUUUCGAUCGCCCAUGCGCUGUACGACGGUUGGUCCUUGAGUCUCAUCCACCAAGACGUCCAGGCUGCUUAUCGUGGCCGAUAUGUACCCCGACCAUCCUACCUGUCAUAUCUGGAAGAGAUUGUCUCGCCCGCAAACACGGAGUCGUCCAACUUUUGGUCUGGGUUUUUGGAUGGGGCAACUUCGACUAUGCUUCCUGAGAAGAGUAACGCACCUGGCCAAGAGGAGACGGUUCACAGAGCUGAAGCGUCUUCGUUGCUCCAGAUAUCAGAUGUCAAGUCAUUCUGCAAACGCCAUUCUGUGACGUUGCAGACCAUAGGUCAAGCCUGCUGGGCCGCUCUCCUCGCUACUCGAACAGGGUUACUCGAUGUUGCGUUUGGCGUUGUGCUGUCUGGCCGAGAAUCCGAGUUAUCCGAGACGCUCAACUUCCCGACCAUGAACACGGUUACGGUUCGGACAGUGCUGCAUGGCACAAUCUCUUCAUGGCUUCGGUACAUGCAGGACAACAUGUCCGGCAUCGGCCAGUUUCAGCAUUUUCCUCUCCGGAAGGCACAAAGGUUGGCAAGACACGUGAAUGGGCCGCUCUUCAAUUCGCUCUUCGUCUACCAGAAACAGUCUCCGAAUUCUAGGACUGGAACGGAGGAGGAUUUUAUGAAGUCUAUCAACGGGUAUUCUUCCGUGGAAUAUCCAGUCUGUGUUGAGAUGGAAGCAUCCGAUUCAAAUCUCUUCUGGAGAGUUGCCUGCGAUGGGAAAUAUGUCUCAGAAGCGGACGUGUCUCGCCUUCUUCACCAGCUGGAUGCAGUUCUCGGCCACAUCUUGAACUCCCCGGAGGCAGAUGUUCUGGGUUUCUUUGACCAAAGGGUUUCUGUUUGUGGAUUGCCUGCGGUCGUGCGUCUGACAAACGAACCCUCACCCGAGAUCAAAGACGACUUGACUUCCGAGCAGGAAGACGAGUGGUCCCCUGUUGAAGAUACAAUCAGGUCUGUCCUAGCCGAGGUUUCCGGAGUGUCUGCUGCAUCGAUUCUCAAGACGCAUACCAUCUACCAUCUUGGCCUGGACUCAAUCAGUGCUAUCAAGGCAAGUUCCAGUCUGCGGAAUGCUGGAAUCGCUAUUGGGUUCCGGGACAUGUUGAAAGCAAAUUCAAUUCUCGACAUGGCGAAACAUGUAUUAGCUCUAACACUGGUAUCCAUUGACACCCCGAGUGACGAGGAAGUCAUCCCCAUCGAACCCGACGGCCUUUCGCAGCUUUCAAACAGCACUAGUGUCUCACUGGCCCUCAGACGGAGCCUACUUGACAAGUCUCUGAUCGAGGAAGUACUUCCGACAACACCGAUGCAGGUACACAUGCUCUCUGCUUGGCAGAACUCGAAGGGAUCAGUCUUCUUUCCGGAAUUUACCUACAGCUUAGCGGGAGCACUUGGCAUUGCCACCAUAGCAUCGGCAUGGGAUAGGCUAGUUGCAGAAUCGCCUAUUCUGAGAACAACAUUUGUUUCAACCAUUUCAUCGGAAUUUCCAAUCUUGCAGAUCGUCGUUCGGCCCGAGUCGGUUCAGCAGAACGCACCUGCACCUAGCCUUCCAAUGUGGACUAGCGCCCCAUUGCCCACACCGUGUCAAUCAUACUGUUUGAUGACGGUAAAGCAGCAGGCUGGAGGCGAGUGGUUGUUGCAUCUUAAGAUCCAUCACGCUUUAUAUGACGCUGUCAGCUUGCCCGCCCUUAUGAACCGUUUCAUCGUUCUUUGCAACGGCGAAGUCACGAAUUCCAAAGCCCAGAAUUUCAACUCAACUUGGAGAAAGAUGUUGUCGAACCAGCUGUCCCCCUCGAACCAAGUUUCCCGGGAGCAGUUCUGGACAGCUUAUCUUUCAGGGGCUCAGCCAGCAAUUCUUCCGCUCGGGUUAACACUAUCAGACCCACAAAUCCCCGAGUCACGAGUGUCGAUUUUGGAACGUACAGCCAUCGAAAACAUCUCGCGCUUGAAAGGCGUGUGCGGAAAUAAUGGCAUCAGUAUACAGGCACUGUUCUUUGCUGCGUAUGCAGUGUCGUUGAGUUCUUGGGUGACCGAGGCAGGGGAGCCGAAACCAGAAGAAGUCGUCUUCGGAAUCUACAUUGCCAACAGGGCAGAGAUCGACGAACAAAACGAGCUGCCCUACCCGACCCUGUGCCUCAUUCCGCUCCGGGUGCGCAUUCCAAGCGACGCCGGUCUCGUGAAAUUGGCCUCCAGCAUCCAAGAAGAUCUCCAUUCCAUUUCAUCGCCAAAUAUCGCUGCGGUCGGGCUCUGGGAGGUCAAGGAGUGGACCGGAGUCAUGGUUCAUUCUUUCGUCAACUUUCUCAGCCUGCCUGCUGGGCACCAUGCGCCUAAUACGAUCCAGCUGACGGCACUGGAGCCUGGUGGGGCCGGUGCUGCAGCGCGUGAGCAGCUUAAAUAUGCCGAACCCCCAGAGUUGACUGGCAACACGGCAAAAUAUUCAUACCCGGAUGCCGUUGAUGUGGAGGCCUCGGUCACGGGAGACUCAAUGGCCAUUGGUGUCUUUGGGCCUAAUCGAAUGCUGAGUGACGGUCGCGCGCAGCAUGUGGUCAAGUCCAUUGCGGAGCUACUAUCUUCCAUUUGA